UCUGUUUUAGUUAGGGUCCUAUUAUCUCAUAGUUCGGUAUCGUUUAAGCUUAAAAAAUAAAUUAAAAAAAAAACAAUUAUUAUUAUUGGACGUUAAUAAUAUUGCAUUGUUAAAAAGGUUCUAGUUUGUUUUGUUUUAAAAAAAAGUUUAAGCUGUGCAAGAAAGCAUUAAGAAUCGUCUGGAUUUAGAGAUCAGAAUGCCAAGUACUUCCGUGGUGUUUGGUAAAAACGAGAAAUGGAGGAUAAAUCGGAACAUCUUCGUGUUGGGUUUCGCUUUUAUGGUGCAUUUCACGGCAUUCCACGGCGCUGCUAACCUGCAAAGCUCCGUGAACACUGACGCUGCGGCUGGGACCUUCACGCUAGCGGCUAUAUACUUUUCUCUCAUAUUAUCAAAUAUUUUUCUACCAGCUUUGGUUAUAAAAUGGCUUGGCUGCAAAUGGGCAAUCGCAGUUUCUUUUAUAGCGUACAUGCCUUUUAUAGCUGCUCAAUUCUACCCGUAUUUGCACACGCUGGUACCAGCGGGAAUGAUGGUCGGUUUCGGUGGUGGUCCUCUCUGGUGUGCUAAAUGCACAUACUUGUCUGUUGUGGCAGAGCCCUACGCGAAGUUAUCAGGUGUACCAGCUGAGGUACUUGUGGUUAGAUUUUUCGGACUAUUCUUUAUGUUCUACCAAAUGGCACAAAUAUGGGGUAACCUGGUAUCUUCAGCAAUUUUGUCUUCAUCACUCGGAGAUGUGACGCUUUUAAUGAAUGAAACGGUCAUCGACGUACCUGAGGUAGCAGCGCUUAUGAACUAUACUAUAGCUACGCCUGAUUAUGGUUCAACUUGCGGAGUUAACUUCUGCAGCGGUAGCGAUGCACAUGAAAACACAAAUUUGGAGUCGCCUUCUCCGGUUAAGAUUCAGUUGAUUGCAGGUGUUUAUUUAGCUUGUAUGGCUUCAGCGAGUAUUCUCGUUGUCGUUGGUGUGGAUUCACUAAGCAGAUAUAACACCGGACGUCAGCCGAUGGCCCAAGGCAAAUCAGGGUUCCAAUUGCUGGCGGUUACGCUUCGCCAACUCAGGCACAAGUACCAAUUGUUGUUACUGCCCGUUAUCGGUUACAUCGGCGCUGAACAGGCAUUCAUGGCGGCGGACUUUACACAGGCUUUUGUAGGUUGUGCGUACGGGAUUAGCAAUAUUGGGUUCGUGAUGAUUUGCUUCGGAGUUUUCAAUGCUCUGGCGGCACCGAUUGCGGGUGCUAUUGUCAAACUAACCGGUCGGUUUCCAGUCAUGGUUAUUGCUCUUCUCUUGAAUCUAUGUUUGUUGACGUCACUAUUGUUAUGGAGACCAGAUCCUGAGCAAUGGCUUGUUUUCUUUAUACUUGCUGCUAUCUGGGGAACCGCAGAUGCCGUGUGGCUUGUCCAAGUAAACGCUCUCUCCGGGAUCCUGUUCCCGGGAAAUGAGGAGGCGGCUUAUUCUAACUUUCGUUUAUGGGAAGCUACUGGUAGUGUGCUCUCGUAUGCAUCAGCACCAUAUCUAUGCGUGAGGACCAGGUUAUAUGUUCUGGUGGGUCUUCUAAUCUUAGGUUUCUCGGGAUACACCACCAUCGAACUGAUGGAGUAUCGCGUGAAGCGUCAUCACCAUGAAGAAAGGAAGUUCGAAUUAGUCGGAAAAAAAGCUGAUCAAGAAUAGAACGGACGAACAGUUAUGUAAUUUAUUAAACUAAUUAUUUAUGAUGUGAUCAAUCAUUUAGUUACUAAUAGACUAUUCAGAUAACACAAGCCCAUUGAUGUUAUAUGUAUAAAUAUGGCUCAAACUCGAGAUUAAUUAUAGUUUAAGGUACUAACGCUGGAACAAAAGUGGCUCCCAAAUUUGACAAAUUGUAAAUGGAAAAAGGAACUUUGUGAAUGUAGACUUUUUCCCUUAACAAAAUGGAUAUUACUUUUUUCUUAUAUUAAAAAGAUCUAUAGUUCAUAUUAUAACGGCAAGUUCUUUUUUAAUGUGGACAAUAAAAUGUAUUUAAUGAAGAUUAUGCAAUUUAUUCACUAUAUGUAAAAUAUAAUAUUUUUUAAUUAUAAGUACAGUAUAGUAACAGCCUGUUAAUGUCCCACUGCUGGGCUAAGGCCUCCUCUCCCCUUUUGAGGAGAAGGUUUGGAGCUUAUUCCACCACGCUGCUCCAAUGCGGGUUGGUAGAAUACACAUGUGGCAGAAUUUCAAUGAAAUUAGACACAUGCAGGUUUCCUCACGAUGUUUUCCUUCACCGUUAAGCACGAGAUGAAUUAUAAACAUAACAUAAUUAUAAGUGUAUAUGAUUAAUUUGUUUUUCGUUUCAUUUUUUUAGUUCUACAGUAGUAGUUACAAUAGUUUAAUUCAUUUAUUUAUGCUAUACAAUCGGCACUAUUAACCGGUAAAAUUAAAAAAAACAAUUCAGUAGUUAAGAUAAUUAUUUACCUAGAGCUUAAUGAUUUUGCACGGGUCCUGGGUCCAUCCAUCCAGCAGUUGGACAUUUAUUGUACCAUUUUAAUUACGAUUGUUUCUGUUUCAAACGAAAAAUCUGAAUUAUUGUGAUUAUUCUUAAUUAUUUUAUUUUUAUAAAAAUAUUGUAAUAUAAUUUACGAAAUAUUAUAAUUAAACUUGU